AUGGCGAACAAUGUAAAAUUGGAUCGCCGCUUUGACUGGGUGGGUCCUCCAGACAGCGUCUCUAAAAUACGACCUAUAAAGUAAGUUUUGUAUAUUUUAUAGCGGUUCACGGGUAGCCAAACCUAAAAUUAAACAAUAACAAGAAACUAUGGCCGCCAGUAGAUAGUAAAUGUAACAUACAUUCUUUUAAUAAAAGUUAAAAACAGUCACAUUAUUGUAGAUUGCGACGUGUAGACAAUGAAACACAUUUGGAGCGAGACUACCGUGUAGCCAGAGAAAGCUUGAACCAAUGGAACUCGGACUUUUGGAGACAACAUAACAUCGAAUUCGAGAAAUGCAAAUCCGUUUUUGUUGAAAAGGUAUGGAUAACAUGUCUUUAAAGCAAUUGGAGUAAAAAAAUGAGAAAGUAUUUUAGGUAUAAAAAUAAUAAGUAAAUUUAAGUAUAUCAUUUUUAUAAGGCGCAGUGACAACUCGGGCCGUAACCAACUCGGGCGGCGUCAACCCGGGCCGUAAACCAACUCGGGCGGUACCCAACUCGAGCUGUUGAAAACCCGGGCGGGUCAGUUAUAAAAGUGUCCGUAUAUAAUAUUUUAGUUUAAAAUUAUUUCUACUAUGGUAUUUUACCAUAGUAAGUCUUGGUAUGUACUCAAAGUGCUCCAUAUGGCUUUGAACUUGGGGCUUUUAUGGUUUUUAAGGUAUAGUAAUGUAACAUAAUAGUAAAGUAUGGUACUUUAAAGCUUGUGUACUUCCUCAUUUUACCAUAGUAAGUCUUGGUAUGUCCUAAAAAUGCUCCAUAUGGCUUUGAACUUUGGGGUUUAUGAUUUCCAAAGUAUAGUAAUGUAUUAAAAUAGUAAGAUAUGGUACUGUAAGACCGUAGAAUUAUGUUUUAGUUACUUAUUUUACCAUAGUAAGACUUGGUAUGUUCUUAAAGUAGUUCUUAUGGCUGACCCGAGCAUAUCCUUGACCUACUUAGCCUUGCCCAAGUCUACCCCUUCUUAUUUUAGUCCUACCCGAGGUUACCCCUGACCUUUUAAGACCUACCCAAACGUACCCUUGACUUUUUUACCCCACCCAACUCUACACCUGACGUUUUUGGCCCUAUCCAAGUACACCCCUGACCCUUACCUUACCCAACUUUAACCCUGACCCUUUUAGCCCUAUUCGACCCUACCCCUGACCUUUUUAGCCCUACCCGACCCUACCCCUGACCUUUUUAGCCCUACCCGACCCUACCCCUGACCCUUUUAGCCCUAUUCGACCCUACCCCUGACCUUUUUUAGCCCUACCCGACCCUACCCCUGACCUUUUUAGCCCUAUCCAAGUACACCCCCUGACCCUUUUACCUUACCCAACUUUAACCCUGACCCUUUUAGCCCUAUUCGACCCUACCCCUGACCUUUUUGGCCCUACCUGACCCUACCCUCCACCUUAGUCGGGAGGGCUAAAAAGGUCAGGGAUAGGGUCGAAUAGAGCUAAAAAGGUCAGGGGUAGGGUCGGGUAGGGCUAAAAAGGUCAGGGAUAGGGUCGAAUAGAACUAAAAAGGUCAGGGGUAGGGUCGGGUAGGGCUAAAAAGGUCAGGGAUAGGGUCGAAUAGGGCUAAAAAGGUCAGGGGUAGGGCCGAAUAGGGCUAAAAGGGUCAGGGUUAAAGUUGGGUAAGGUAAGGGUCAGGGGUGUACUUGAAUAGGGCCAAAAACGUCAGGUGUAGAGUUGGGUGGGGUAAAAAAGUCAAGGGUACGUUUGGGUAGGUCUUAAAAGGUCAGGGGUAAGCUCGGGUAGGACUAAAAUAAGAAGGGAUAGACUUGGGCAAGGCUAAGUAGGUCAAGGAUAUGCUCGGGUCAGCCAUAAGAACUACUUUAAGAACAUACCAAGUCUUACUAUGGUAAAAUAAGUAACUAAAACAUAAUUCUACGGUCUUACAGUACCAUAUCUUACUAUUUUAAUACAUUACUAUACUUUGAAAAUCAUAAACCCCAAAGUUCAAAGCCAUAUGGAGCAUUUUUAGGACAUACCAAGACUUACUAUGGUAAAAUGAGGAAGUACACAAGCUUUAAAGUACCAUACUUUAUUAUUAUGUUACGUUACUAUACCUUAAAAACCAUAAAAGCCCCAAGUUCAAAGCCAUAUGAAGCACUUUGAGUACAUACCAAGACUUACUAUGGUAAAAUACCAUAGUAGAAAUAAUUUUAAACUAAAAUAUUAUAUACGGACACUUUUAUAACUGACCCGCCAGGGUUUUCAACAGCCCGAGUUGGGUACCGCCCAAGUUGGUUACAGCCCGAGUUGUCCGGUUCCCUUUUAUAACAUAUUUUUCACAUUUUUAAUAAAGAAUCUCAUGAUUAACAUCAUGAUUUAACUCAUUUAAUUUUAAAAUUUUUAGAAAAAAGCCGAGCUUGGCAAAUUGGCCACGAUAACACCAGAAGAGAUGUCAACUUUCUACAGAGACUUUCUGAACCAGCGACGAAAGGAAUUGGCGACGUAUAACAGGUAACUAUUACCUUUUACAGAAAGUCUGACAACUUAAAACAAUAUUUACUCGACUCCAUUAUGUGUGACAAACCUAAACCAACUAAAAUAUGAUGAAUAACAUACCUAAUAUUGAUAUGAAUUUAGUGAAUGGUACCGUCGCAACUUUUGUCUCAUCUACCCAGCACUCAAAGUCAAUCUGAUCCGCGUGCGACGGUUUUUACUGCGCCGGUGA